UCCCUGAAGCACUUUGAUGCAAUUUCUCCUUGUUUUCAGGUGAAAUCCGGUGCUACUGUGACGCCGCCCACUGCGUGGCAACUGGCUAUAUGUGUAAAUCAGAGCUGAGCGCCUGCUUCUCCAGACUUCUUGAUCCUCAGAACACAAAUUCGCCUCUCACCCAUGGCUGCCUGGACUCUCUCGCAAGCACAGCAGACAUCUGCCAAGCCAAACAGGCACACAACCACUCUGGCCCCACCAUGCCCACGUUGGAAUGCUGUCAUGAAGACAUGUGCAAUUACAGAGGGCUGCAUGAUGUUCUCUCUCCUCCCAAGGGGGAGGCCUCAGGACAACGAAACAGGCAUCAGCAUGACGGUAGCAGAAACCUCAUCACCAAAGUGCAGGAGUUGACUUCUUCCAAAGAAUUGUGGUUCCGGGCGGCCGUGAUCGCUGUUCCCAUCGCCGGAGGCCUGAUUUUAGUGUUGCUCAUUAUGUUAGCCCUGAGGAUGCUUCGAAGUGAAAACAAGAGACUGCACGAUCAGCGGCAACAGAUGCUCUCCCGUUUGCACUACAGCUUUCACGGACACCAUUCCAAGAAGGGGCAGGUGGCCAAGUUAGACUUGGAAUGCAUGGUGCCCGUGAGUGGCCACGAGAACUGCUGUCUGACCUGUGAUAAAGUGAGACAGGCAGACCUCAGCAACGAUAAGAUCCUCUCGCUGGUUCACUGGGGCAUGUACAGUGGGCACGGGAAGCUGGAAUUCGUAUGACGGAGUCUUAUCUGAACUGGACUUCUUGGACGCUUGAAGGCCUCUGAGUUCUGCUGGACAGGAGCACUUUAUCUGAAGAAAAACAAACUCGCAUAAUCAUCUUUGAGAGACACAAUGACCUCUGCAAACAGAAUCUUGGAUAUUUCUUCUGAAGGAUUAUUUGCACAGACUUAAAUACAGUCAAAUGUAUUAUUUGCUUUAAAAUUAUAAAAAGCAAAGAGAAGACUAUGUACACACUGUUACCAGGGUUAUUUGCAUCUGAGGGAGCUGGAAUCGAGUACCUUAAUAAACUAAAAUGUGCUCCGUGUAAGCUCCUACAGCUUGAUUUAUUGUAAAGAUUUAAAAAUAUAUAUAUAUAUUUUGUCUGAAAUUUA